CGCGCACGCUUCAAACACAAACAAUACAAUUCCGACACCAUCGCCAUUGCCAUGUCCGGGCUACUAUCUCAGCGCCAUUCUGUCAUUGGCUCGCAAAUUGCGAAACUCGAGCUUCCCCCAUACGAGUCGCCAAAGUAUGCAUUGACCGUCGACGCGCAACGCAAGCUGGACGCACUACACAAAGGGAGGUUCGAUAGUGUGAAGAAGUACUACGAGGAUGCUCUGGAAAACCUUGCGGUCGCAGCCAACGGGCUAGGCGACGCGCUCGUGAGAAGGGAACGCGAGGCGGCAGACAACAAGCGCAAGAGGGACAACGACGAGGGCGAGACUGGCGAUGAGGACGGGUUUGAACGCUUCAGGAGCGAGGUCGAUGGCAGGACGAGAAAGAUGGAGAUGAUGACACGGAAGCUGAUCGAUCGGAGGGAGACGCUCGAGUACAUGGAGGAAGGCAUCAAAGGGCUGAAGACACAGGCGUCGCAGUCGUCGCAGUCGUCGCAGUCGUCGCAGGCCGCAAGUCAGAGACGGCAGGCCGCAAGCCAAGCCAGGAGCCGACGAGGAGGAAGACGACGCGGUGGGAAUGAGAGUGAGGAUGACGACAGCGACCCAGACCCGACACUGCCAGGCACCGUCCCGCCCACUGCCGCAGACGAAGCCGCCGCCGACGACGACGACGAAGAAGAAGUGCCCAUCCCAUCCCUCCACAAAACAUACCACGCCCAACUCGAGUCCAAAACAGCAACCUACAAAGCCUACCCCGCCGCCACAAGAUACGCCGAGCAAAACAGCUACAUCCAGUUCCGCAAAGCCGUGCACGACGGCCUCCGCAAGGACGCAGACAUGCCCCACGCACGAACCUGGUUCACGCCCGACGGCAAGCCGGCCAACCUGACCUCGACCGACCUGCUCGCGCAGGCGGCCGCGGCCGGCGACGAGGACUCGGAGCUCAUCCUCUCGCGCGCCAAGAUGUCGCUCAAGUGCCCGAUUACGCUGCUGCCGUUUGAGCGGCCCGUGACGUCGACGGUGUGCCGGCAUAGCUUCGAGAGCGAGGCGGUGCUGGAUAUGAUUAGGCGGAGUGUGGGGCCGCCGAGGGGGGAGGCGGCGCAUCCGGGCGGUGCGCCGGCGAGGUGGCUGAAGGGCCAGGUGAGGUGGAUUUUGUGUCCGGUGUCGGGGUGUCAUGAGCAGUUGCGUGAGGGUGAUUUGAGGGAGGAUAGGUUCCUGCGGGAGAAGGUGAAGAGGAUGCUGAGGGAGGAUGGGGAGGAGGGGAGUGAGAGUCGGGACGAGGGGGAGCAGGAUGGUAGUGAGGGCGGGCAUGGGGACGGGUUUGAGUCGAUUGAUGAGGAGGGCGAGGACGAGUGAAGAGGUGAUGUGGCUGGGCAAUUGACUGUCUGAGGCUGAACAAAGUGUGUAGUGCUCAUGAGUGACGAGAAGGCAUCAUGAUGCCUUUCCUGUGAAUGGCACACGCCAGCACUCUUGAAUGCCAUGGAAUGACGGCAGGCAGACCUGAUGACUUGCUGGCCAUGAGUGUAUACAUGCCAAAACCUCACAGUUCCUAGAACGACAAAACUAAUUCUCCUAGACCAACAUCAAACUCACAAUCAUAAUCACGAUCACGCUCAGGCAGCAGCAAAGAAACCAGCAAUCUCACGCUUCCAACGC